UCUCCACUCGCAUCUCGAUUUCAAAUCGCUAAUGUAAUAAGUGAUCCCGAUUCUGAUCCUGAUUCCGCACCCGAACCUGAUCCACUGAACCACUGAACCACUCCGUCCAUCCAUCCAACCAUGUCGCAAACAGCCAACCUUCCGGAACUGAGUUACACGCCCGGCGACUUCACGGAGCCCCAGUUCCGGCUGCCCUCGCACCAGCAGCUCCUCGACCAGAGUCGCCAGGACUCCGCGGAGGACAUUGCCCUGCGGCGUCUCACGCUGGACACUCGGGACACACAGCCCAUCAAGUACAGGGAACAACUUGGAUCUUCGGCGGGACGACAGUUUCCCGCUUUGGCAGCUGCCCAGAAUCGCUACGCGGAUCACUUGGAACGGAAUAGCGAUCUGAGCUUCUCGGUCCUCGACCACGGCAAGGAUCUCAUUUCGCUACCCACGGUGGGUGUGCCACAAUUGAAUCCGAAUCCGGACCCAACGCCCGAUCUCAUCAAGAAGAUGCCGCUGCACUCGAUCACGGAGAAGCCCAACGAACGUUGCCCAUCGCCGGUGGUUCCGGCCUAUGCCAACUUCGAGCUGGCCAAGCGGAUGCACCAGGACAACCUGGACCACCAGCCGCUGCCCGAUUGCGUUGCGGAUUUGGCUUUUCGACGCGCCCAGAUCUCCGGCGGCCAUGCGGGUCUCGCACUCGAGAUCGAUCCCAUUGCCACGGGCGUGGGCGUGAAGACUCACAACGCCGGCCCGACGCACUGCACCAAGAUGAAGGUGUUCCGCCCCAAGACGGGCGGUGGGAUUGUGCCCAGAGCUCUGGGCAACGGGGAUCCCUUUCGGGGUGUGGGCUCUGCGCCGGCCAAGAAAAUGGGACCCAUGGAUUUGGCCAUCUGCUGGGACUUUAAGCCCGCGAAUCCCGCCGACGAACCGCGGCUGGCGCGGCACAUCGAUGGCUCCAAUGACUCCGCCGGACCGGCUGUGUUCACCUGCGUGAAGACGCCGCGCGAGGAGCAGUCCUCGGACCUGGGACGUUCCGCUGGCGUCUUCACCAGCACACUGGGCGAGGCGGACUUCUUCGACAAGGACAUCCUGCGCAAGAGGACCGACUUUGGAGGAGCGCGGCUGGAUCGAGAGGAUCCCUGCGCCUGCGACUACUCGCCGCCAUCGCGGCAGCGGGCACGCAGUGUCUCCCGGGACUCCAGUGCCUCUGCGGCGCACUGCAGGCGGGGAUCAUCCGGCUUGGGAGGACCAAAUAACGGCGGCGUUAGCUUUGGCAACCUGGCAGCAGAGUUGCCCGGUCGCGGAAUGCCCGACCGACUGGCCAAGCAGUACCAAUCCUCUCCGCUGCUGGGGGAUAAGACCUACCAAGCUCUAAGGGAGAAGUACUUGGGUCCGGACUCUGGACAGGAUUGCCAGUCGCCGAUGAACUGCAGGCCAUCGGGCGGACCGCCCUGCAAGCGGGACGUCCUGCUGCGUCGUCCCGCCCGUCGACUCUGCCAUAAAGUGGCUCCCGCUCCCCGCUGCUGUCCACCGUCCUUCGGAGGUCACGGAGGUCAUGGUCAUGGUCACUGCCUCACCAGCAAGGCGGCCUUUCGGGCCGGAGUGCCGAAACACAAUGCCACCGGGGAUUUCGUGGGCUUGGAGCACGGAUGCGGGGGCGGUGGAGCGGGCAGGGUGCUGGUGGUGCCACGCCCCCGACAGCCGUACUCGAAGAAGAACUACGACAUCGAGACGCUGGUGCCGCCGUUCCAGAGCCAGGCGGGCGGAGCGGGACAGGGCGGCUAUCCGGAGCACUGGCGUUUGGCCAGCGUCUACCAGCACGCCUACAAGCCGAUCGACCAGCGGAGGCGUCCGCUCCUCCAAACUGUCUACAAAUAGAAGUAGCUAACAUGACUUGGAACUCCCAACCCCUGUCUACAAAUAGAAAUUAGAAAUAGCUAAUGCCACUCGAACCCCCAAUGUUGAAUUUCCAAUUUAAUCCGACUUGAAAAACUGCUGAGAACUAAUGGAAUCACUUGCAAAUAACUAUAAACUAUAACUAUAAUUAAUAACCAACAUUUACCACAACUAAUUCAAAGAAAAGUAUAAAUCCAUUAAAUUAGAGUAAACAUUUUCAUAGGAAAUAAGUUAAAAGUAAACUUCAGACCACUUUAAACUAAGAAUUGUUACCUACUGAAAUUUAAAAAGUUAUAUAGGUUUUAAGUUGAAACUUCUUCUGUCUAAAAUUAGUAAAACAUUUGCAAAUGAAAGCAUUUCUUAAAUAAAUCAAAAGUGUG